AUGAGUAAUACAACAAGUCUUAUUGAUAAAGAAAGUUUGAAAAAUCUUGAUGCAAGUCAAGCGUAUGCUGACAAUGAUGGAGUUUUUGAUUGCAUAUUAAAUAAAAAUGAUAAUGAUAAUCAAUCGAUGACGUAUAGAAUGCGUAUACUGGUAUUAAAUGAAGCACAUGAAUAUUGCUUGUUAUUACAUAAACCAGAUGGACAAUCAAUUAUAGAAACUUCAGAUUCAAAUAUUGAUUUAGUUAAGUCAAAAUUCUAUUCUUUAUUCAAUGAAUUAACUGGAAAUUAUUGGAGCUUACGUGAAAAAUUCGUUAAAACUCCCGACCAUUAUGUUUAUACAAUUCCAACUGAUUUGAAUUCAUUAUCAAGUUCGGAAGAACAACAAGUGAAUAUAAAUCAAAUUAAUAAUAUUCCAAAAUUUAUUUGCGGUGAACGUGUAUUUUUUAAUAUGAAAGCUAAUGCAUUAGAUCGAACAUACAAAUAUGUUCAUGAUGGUAUAACUUGGCGAAUUCCCUUACCUGAUAUUUCAAGUGAAAUAAUUAUUGACUCAUUAUUAUCCUUACGUUCAUUAAUUGUUCGAAUUGGAAUAUUAUAUUUACAUCAGUCUACAACUAGAAUGCUAUUCGGUAGUGGACUGCUCUUAAACAAUCAAAUAGUAUUAACUUGCGCCCAUAAUUUUGACCCAAUCAAUUGGGGUGAUGAAAUGAUUGCUUUGACAAAAAUAUAUGUGUCAUCAUCUGAUCCUGCAAGUCCAGCUUCAUUAUCGGGAAUAAACCCAAAUAACGAACUAAAAUCGAAUGCAACUGAUCUUGCGAUUCUGAAAUUGAACCAUCCAGCACCACAUUUACAAUUUGAUUCUUUUUUUGAUCCCAAAUUCAGUUCCUCAUCAAAUGUUGCUUCAGUCAAUUGUAAAUUGUUUUUAGCUGGAUAUAAUGGAGAAUUAUAUGAUAAGAAUGAUUUAAAUGCAUACAAAUAUACAAAAGGUUUUGAAUUUUUAACCAUUGAUAAAUUGAAUUAUCACCAUAACGUUGAUAAUAAGUCUAUUUGA